AGAUUAGCCCAAAUCUUUCGUAUACGACACACGGCAGAACACAGGCGGGGAUGUAUCAUAUCCUUCGCAGGAUCUUGACGAUGUCCAGUACCUGGAUCUCUCUCUGACGACGUUUAGGACCCAGAUUUCGUCACAGGUCUUCCUCGCGGCCGAAGCGGAGUGCACAGCCACAACGCCGACCUGUCUGCUGAUGCUCGCCUCAUAUACUAUCUGAUUUUUGUCCCUUGUGCUUAGACCGCCCUCGUGCGACGCUUUUCGUCAGGAACGCCCGCGCCCAUCAUGGAUCAAUGAUAUUAACAAUCGUGCACCUGCAGGCUGCCGGCCGAUGUCGAGACCGCUCAGGCGUGUGGCUAGCUACCUGAGGUGGCGUUAGGGACCAUUCGUUAUAGACGCUCAUAUUGAAGAGCUCAUACUUUCCACCACGUCAUCUUGGUGCCCUUUCGCACAUCCAUCCAUCUCAUCAUAUCACAUCAUAAAUGUAUUGGGACGAUGCAUGAUGUCAGUGCAGGGACUCCAAAGCCCCAAGUAUGGUCACCACACGCAGCCAGGAAGCCUCCGAGUCGCAGGUCGAAGACCCUAUCGCGCGGGCCCCAGAUAAUCUCUCUCGGGCAUCGGCCCCCGGGACAUCCAUUCUCAAACCAGCAGCGCCCAGCGAUAGCGAGAACAUCGAUCCCAAUGUGGAGUCCCACGAGGUGGACCGCAAGACAGUGCAGAUCGAGCCCAGUGUGGUCAAAGUGGAAGAGAUACCAGCACAGAGCUCGGCGUGAUCUGCUAAGUCGCCUUCGCAGCUAUACAUCUCGGCCAAUCACGAUCGCCUGCAGUUAUAGCCGAAAUUGUUUACUUCGAUACCCCACCCCAAGAAUCAAUUGUAUGAGAUCCUGAACGGUGCUGGUGUAGAGAAUCGUCCGGACAGCUGCCCAAGGGAAAGAACUCAUGCUGCGAGGGACCGUGUGCAUGAACAAUUGCACCUGGUAGUUCGGAGAGGAGGUUUCGAAAUGCACGUGAUGAUAGGUGCAUCUUUUCAAUGGCUCGCUCUCGCACAAGUGCCCUAUCUUUGAUUGGCUUCAUGUCGGUCAAAUCUCACUCGAUAAACUAGCCACGAUUGGGGCUAUCCGGUCGAGUGCUAUGAUAAGCAUUAAAAUGUCGGCGACAAAGGAAGCGGCUUUCCGCCCGAGCCUCAGCGGUUUAUUAUUU